AUGGAGCUGGCGGAACAGAUAGACGAUUCGACAUUCUGCACAAUGAAUGGUGAAGCCCCCACCAGAAUUAUGAGCACUUUUAAUAGAUCGCUGAAUAUUACCAUCGCUAGUGGUGGUCUGAUAAAUAACAUAACCUGGCGACCCAUGCGAACUCUCACAUCAGACCAUCUGCCCAUAAUUAUCUCGAUCGAGAAACCUACCGGAUUUACUUUUCUGGACAACCACACCUUCGUUAACUUUAACAAAGCUAACUGGGUCGGCUUCAUAGAAUUUACCGAGAGCACCUUCACCGCACUAUCCAUUUCUACGGACGUAAUCAUUGGCGAACGUCAAUUCUGCAAGGUGAUCGCAGCAGCUACUGCUCGCUCCAUCUCGGCUGAAAGACUCGGGGAACUCCGCCCUGAUUUCCCAGCUGAAAUAGCUGUUUUAGCAAACGAGCGCGACAUCUUACGCCAUGCCGAUUCCUGUGAUCCCCGAGUAAGGGAUCUCAAUUUAGAGAUUCGGCACAUGUUGAUGUUAAAGGAACUAACCAACUUUCUCAACCUGUCACACAACGCUACUUGA